AUGUUUUCAUUUUUUCUUUAUGUUUUUUUUCUUUUUUUCUUUUUUCUUUCUUUUCUUUCUUUUUUUUUCAAUUUUCUUCUUUUUGACAUCUUUUUCUCACCGGUUCCAUUUUCUUUUACAUAUUCUCAUAUCUUUUUUCUUUUCUUUCUUUCUUUCUUUAAUUUUUCUUUCUUUCUUUUUUUUUCUUUCUUUCUUUCUUUCUUUUUUCUUUUUUUCAUUUUUCUUUCUUUUUCUUUAAAUAACUUUCGAUAUCUUCGUUUUUUUAAAACCUUUCAUUUUACAUUUUUCAUUUCUUUUUUUUUUUCUUUCUUUCUUUCUUUUUUCUUUCGUUAUCUUUUUUCUUUUUUUUUUCUUUUUGACAUCUUUUUUUUUCUUUCUUUUUUUUUUUUUUAUUUUCUUUUUGAAGAUUUUUCUUUCUUUCUUUCAAAUUUUUUUGAUUCCCAUAAUUUUUUUUUUUUUUUUUAUUUUUUAUUUUCUUCUUUUUUCUUUAUUUUCUUUCUUUCUUUUUUUCUUUUUUUUUUUUUCUUUCUUUUUUUUCUUCUUUCUUUUUUUCUCAAAAACCAGCCCAACCAAAUAUUUUUUCUUUUUUUUCUUUCUUUUUCUUUCUUUUUUCUUUUUUUUUCUUUUCUUUCUUUCUUUCUAUUUCUUUCUUUCGACAGAUUUUUAUUUCAUAAAACCUUUCUUUACAUAUGUUUUUUCAAUUCUUUCUUUCUUUUCUUUUUCUUUUCUUUUUUUUCUAGUUUUUUUCUUUUUCUUAUUUCUCUUUUUUUUCACUUUAAUAUUCUUUUAUUUGGAAUAAUUUUUCUUUUCUUUCUUCAUUUUCUUUUCAAGAGAAUUUUCUUUCUUUCUUUUUUCGGUUUCUUCAAUUUCUCAUUCGCCUUUCAGAAAUUUUAUGUCUAUAUUUUUUUCUUUUCUUUUUUUUUCUUUUUUUCUUUCUUUUUCUUUUCUUUCUUUUUUGACAUUUUUCUCAUAUCUGACAUUUUUUUUAUAAUUAAUAAUCUUUUUUUCUUUUUUUUUCUUUCUUCCUUUCUUUUUUGA